CAUUUACUUUAAUUACAAUUGUUUUGUAACAUUUUAAUUGUGUUUUUCAAACAUUACAUUUGAGACAUACUUUUGAAAUAUUUAUAAACUAAAUAUUAUUGUCGAUUAUAUGACCGAUAUUUCAAUGAUUUAAAUAUUAGUUAUUAUAACAAACAAUAGAUAAAACAUUUGCCAAUAAAUAUCAAUUGAUUUGUUAUAACAUAUGAGCUCUCAGAAUCGAUUGCUGAUCAAAGGCGGACGUAUUGUCAACGACGACAAUAUCUUCGACGCCGAUGUCUAUAUUGAAGAGGGAAUCAUCAGACAAAUUGGUCCGCAUUUGACAGUUCCCGGGGGUGUGAAGACCAUCGAAGCCAAGGGCCAGUAUGUGAUCCCCGGAGGCAUUGAUCCGCACACUCACAUGCAGUUGCCGUUUAUGGGAACGCGAGCUAUCGAUGACUUCUACACCGGAACAAAGGCAGCGCUGGCCGGCGGCACCACUCUUAUCAUCGACUUUGCCGUUCCUGAGGCUAAUAAUCCGAGUCUUGUGAAUGCGUACAAGAAGUGGCGGAAUUGGGCCGACGAACGCGUUUGUUGUGAUUACAGUCUUCACGUCGCGGUCACCGACUGGAAGGCCGGCGAAACCGACGCCGAAAUGGCAGCUCUGGUGAAGGAUAAUGGCGUCAAUUCAUUCAAAUGUUUUAUGGCUUACAAAAACGUUUUGAUGAUAAAUGACUCGCAAAUGAUACAAGUAUUUGACACGUGCAGAGACAUCGGCGCCUUAGCUCAGGUCCACGCGGAGAACGGAGACAUCAUUGACGCCAACACUAAAAGACUACUUAGUUUGGGAAUCACUGGCCCUGAAGGCCAUCUGCAGAGUCGUCCCGAAGAGGUCGAAGCCGAGGCAACCAAUCGGGCCAUUGUUUUGGCCAACGAAAUGAAUUGUCCGCUAUAUGUGGUUCAUGUGAUGAGCAAAAUGGCAGCCGAUGUCAUAGCGAACGCCCGUAUGAGAGGUGUCAUUGUUUUUGGCGAGGCUUUGGCUGCAGGUAUUGGAACCGAUGGAAGUCAUCACUACAACAGAUGUUGGAGACACGCGGCCGCUCACGUCAUGGCACCACCUCUUAGGGCCGACAGAAGCACUUCUGAGCAUUUGUUGGAUUUGUUGAGCUCGGGUCAGUUGCAGACAACCGGUUCCGAUCACUGCGUCUUCAAUGCCGAACAGAAAGCUUUGGGAUCCAAAGACUUCUCCAAAAUACCAAACGGUGUGAAUGGAGUGGAAGAGCGGCUAAUGGUGUUGUGGGAAAAGGGUGUCCGCACCGGUAAACUGGAUCCGUCUCAGUUCGUGGCCCUCACGAGUACUAACGCCGCGAAAAUAUUCAAUUUGUAUCCACGAAAGGGAAGAAUAGCCGUCGGCUCUGACGCCGAUGUUGUCAUUUGGGGAUCAAAGCCGAGAGUUAUUAAAGCAGAGAAUCACAACUCAGCCGUCGAUUUUAACAUAUUUGAAGGAAUGUCCGUUGCGUUCGGGCCUUUGGUUGUCAUCAGUAACGGAAAGGUUGUGUUGGAUGAGGACGGCCUCCAUGUCAGUCAAGGAAGUGGUCGUUUCGUUCCGUGUCCUCCAUUUGCUGCUCACGUUUACAACAAUAUUAAGGAAAGAGAAAAAAUUGGUCCGAUUUGUGUCGAUAGAAGUGGAAUCGAGGCCAAGAAAGCGGCGGCCGUUACUGAGGCCACGAACGGCGUGGCGAAGAUAGCCAUCGCUCCGGUAGUGAUUUCGGAGCCCAUUAUCACUGCUUCGCACAUAUCUGGAGACGAAACUCAAUCACUACAAUCCGAGGCUUCGGGCGGUUUCUUCCGCGCGCCCACAAGAAGUGGUGUCCGAAACCUUCAGGACUCGUCGUUCAACUUUUCUGGCGCUCAGAUCGAUGACGACAAACAGGGAAAGACCGCUAUUCGCGUCCACAACCCUCCCGGCGGCCGCUCGAGUGGCAUCUGGUAGUCAUCCCAACACCGCUUCCAAACGCACGGCAUCUCUCACUAAAUGUGUUUCUCUUAAGUGCUUCUUAUCUUUUUAUUAUACAUUCCUUUCGAUUAAGUAUUUUAUUUCAAAAUUAUUACGAAUUAUAUGUUUGUCACAAAUGAAUGAAUAAAUCAAAAAGUUUUCUCAAAAA